AUGCUCAACAUUCAGGUCGAAGACAGUGACGCAGCUGAGCGAGAAACCAGCCAGCUGCUCCCUGUGGAGGACGAGUCCUGCGAAGAUGUGAGAACACCCAAGAAGAAGAAAAAGAAGAGCAAAAAGGAGAUGGAGACAACGGAAGAAACACCUACCACAGACACAUCCACCAUAGAUACACUCAGUGACACUCCUCUUACCUCCAAGUCUGCCAAGAAGAAGCGAGACAAAAAGAGAAAGGAAGAGGAGAAGGAGGAGGUGUCUCAGGUAUCUCCAUCAGAGAAGAAGGCCAAGAAAAGGAAAAGAGAGAGAGAAGAAGAGAAAGAGGAGGAAACUCCUGUCAUUCCCUUGGAAAACAAAAUUAAAAAGAAAAAGAAGAAGGUUAAUGAUGUGGAAGAGGCGGAGGAAAAGGUGGAGAAUCCUCUGAGUCCGGCAGAAACAGAAAAAAAGAAGAAGAAGAAAAAGAGGAAGAAGGAGGGAGGACAGGAGAACGAGGUGGCGCAGUCUGAUGAAACACCAGCAGGGGGCGACGAAGGCACAUACUAUAACCUGGAUGCAACAGAUGGAAACUCCUCUCAGCUCACCUCGGCCAAGAAGAAACAGCGUCUCAGGAAGAAACUCAGCCUGAAGAAGAGACUGAGGCUGCACAAGAAAGACGAGAUGGUGAAGAGGAAGAACAAAGUCCCCGCAGGAAAGACUGAGGCCACAGGCAGAAAGAAACAAAAACGGAUCCAUGAAGCAGCGGAGGAGAUGCCUCGGACAAAACCAACCAAAAGACCCAAACUUGAUGCUGCGCAGGAAGACGACACACCAAAGAAGAAAAGGAACAGUGAGCAAGAAGAGAAUUCCUCGAAGGAAAACCAGCCUCCAAAGACAAAGCCAAAGAAGAAGAAAAAGAAGCAACUGGUGGAGGAGGAAGAUGAAAGCGGUGCAGUGAGCGCUGAGCAACUUGAACAGGUCUCAUCUCUGUGCUCGAGUGACGGGAAGAAGAAGAAGAAGAAGAAAAAGAAGAUGUUGAGGGCUGAUGAAGGUGAAGAGAUGAGCGCAAAUUCAACUCCAGUCACUGCAAGCCAAGAUACUCCUGCAAAGAAAAAGAAGAAGAACAGACUAAAGGAAAAACUGGAAGAAACUGAACCUGCUCCAGAUGUUACAGCUGCUUCUAUGAAAAAGAAAUCCUCCAAGAAGAAAAUCGUCUCUGAUUAAAUGUGAAGUCAGUGGAGGGAGGAUGACUUCUCUUGGACCUGAAAGCCCAAAAAUAACAGGACAAUCUGCAUAAUGUUGGUGCCUUUGCUCCUGAUUCUUCAGUCUGAGAUGAAGGGAUUUUCUCCUUUCAGAAACAGAGGGGUACUUCUGAGGGAACAUCAGUGUUUUCAGUCUGUUUUACUUUCUUUUGGUCUAAAACUGAAAACUCAUACACCUUCAGUUUGUUUGUGUUUACAGUUUAAAAUCCUCUUCAGCAGAAUGACGCUUUAAUCAUACAGAUUUUUCUUAAUGGCAGACCUGUUCUUUAGGGAAAAUUUUAUUGGAAUAACAUUUGAAAUAAUAAAUUGUCUAAUGACAACUUCUAGUAGCUGCGGUUCAUCAUAUUAACUUGAGUAUCAUUUGAAAUUACUAUUACAGUAUUUCUUCUUAUUCAACAAAAGCAGCUGUAAAAGAACUUUAUGAAAUAUUUUAAAUUGAUCAAAUUCUGAUCUAAAGAAUAACUAUAUUGCUGCAACUAAUGCUUCACUUUGCUAUUAAUUAAUCUGUUCAAUAAUUUGCUCUAUAAAACAGAAACAGCAAAUUCUCACAUUGUUGAAGCUGAAAACAGUGAAUGUUUGGAGGUUGUGCCUGACUAAUCAUAUUAGGGAUUCAACAGAUGAUCAAAAUAAAAUGAAUCACAAACACUUUUGACAAACUAAUUGUUUCAGCUCAAAUUAAAAAGUCUGAGCAGGAAUUUUACGCCAAUGUUUGAUACUUGUAGCCAGGAACACAUUUCAAUUGGUAUCAGAUAAGAUGGUUAAGUACAAAGCAGCUCUGCCUUUGAGGGAUAUUUAUAUAAUUAAAGCGGCACCUCAUUAAAAGUGAUAGAAGUUCUUACCUUAUUACUGUUAGUCUUCCUUCUUUGGACUGCUGGUUUACCAUGUUGAUGGGUACAACAGAUGAGCUUUGCAUUGAUGGCACAGUGAUGGGACCAAGCUGUGAACACAAAAGGUCAUAUUUGAGCAACAACUCCUGAAAAUUGUGAACAGUUGAUCUUGAUAAUUAGAUUUUGUUUCUGUCUUUGGAGCUUUAUUGUAGAAAGUCAGUUUUGUUCUAACACUAACUCAUGUUACAUAUGAUGUAUUUUGACCUUUUUUUCCUCUGUCAGUCAUAAUGCUGUGAAAUUCAGUUUUUUCUUUGGAAAUGGUUUUGUUUACAGUGUCACUGUCGUUUACACAAUUUUCUUAAUAAGCCUAUGAACUAUGCACCUGAUUUAAUGCCGUUAUUACAUAAUAUUUACACUGUUUGGAUGUUUGUUUGCUUUUCCUGACAACCAACAUGUUCUCCUCUCUGUGGGACACCAAACAUGAAAAUAAAUCAAU